UAAUGAAUACCAUACUUGUUCUUCUGGCCAGCUGCUGAGGUGUUCUGAAUUCCUUUAAAACUGUCUGCCAAUUUCAAUCUUUUCACUACUUGGAACUUUAGGAGGGUGAGAGAAAACUCUGACUAUUUAAUGCAAUGGCAACAACAAGAGGACGUGUUGAUAUUCAGUCCUUGGUGUAGAAUACAGCGUGAGGGCACACCUUGACCUCUGAAGACACAGAUAUGACUGCCUUUGUUAGAUCGUCACAUUUCUCCCAGUCUGGGCAUGGUAGAAGAGACCAGAUCCCCAUAAACCUGAACCACUAUGCAACCAAGAAGAGUGUUGCAGAAAGCAUGCUGGAUGUAGCCUUGCUCAUGGCAAAUGCCUCACAGCUAAAGUCCGUGGUGGAGCAGGGGCCAGAAUUCAAGUACUACAUGGUUCUGCUGGUCCUCAUUGGAGUCUCACUAUUCUUUCAAGUGGUGGCAGGAGUUCUUUUCAUUGUCAUGGCUCGUAAAGACCUAAAUAACGUCAGCAAUCAAAAAACAUUGGAUACUGUGAACAAUGUGGCCACAUGGUUGGUGUUUGUCACAACAGUCAUCAACAUCUUCAUCACUGCUUUUGGGGUCCAGAAACCUGGGCGCUUUUCCAGAUGGAACUGACCACAAACACUGGAUUAACUCAAAACACAGGUGAAGAUCCCUUAAUGAUUCCAGUCUGGACAGAAGAAGCAUAACUGUUUAUAUUAAUCCUAAUAGUGAGAUGUCAUUUGAGCUCUACAAUAUGCUUUCUAAACUAUUAUGCCAAAUAGCAAAGACCUAAGCAAUAAACUAGAUAUAGAAAUUACCACAAAUUAUCUUUACAGACUUAUUGUCACAAUCGUCAGCCCUCCUCUAGAGGGCGCUCCAACCCCUUUUGUAUUUAAGUUUCAUUAUUACGUUCACCUGCCCCUUGUUCCGUAUGUAUUAUUUAAACCCCAUGCCUCCAAAGCUCUGCGCUCAGCAUUGGAAGAUGGAUGCCACAAGGCUUGCCCAUUCCCUGGGCUCGGGGUAGCCAGAGGGUAGGUCUUAUUCCCUGGCAUCCUGACCAUCUGGGUCCGUGGCUCAGAGCACCAGGCUCUGUUAUGUUUUUACUUCCUGGUUCCUGAUUCCUGAUUCCUUGUCCCCAUUCCUGUCUUUGUUCGGAUGGACCGGCUAAGGACUUUUGGACUGCUUCCUGGUUUCCCCUUUCAGAUUGUUUUGGACUUAUUUGCCUGCGCCACGACCCCCAAGCACUGGAUUUUACCAUCUGCGUAGGGUCCAGAACUACGUUUCGUGACACUUAUUGCUUUAUUGGUAAAAUGCUUUUUUUUGUUUCUGGUUUAAAACAGGACAUAUACAGUAAUAUUCUAGAAACUAUAAUGUCUUCUGAGGCUAAAAUGGAAAUUGCUUAUAAUUCCCUCCUACCUGGUUGUAGGAGAUGAAGACUUUAACAUCCAGUAUUCUAAUUCAGUGUUAGUAGCAAUACCUCAGCAACCAGAUUGUCACUGCAAAAGAAUGCAUAUAUAUAGUCUGUGGCAAAUAACUUCCAUUCACAGUCACUCAAUUUACAUAAUAUUAUGUAAUCCCUUCCAUGUUGUAAAUUUAGGAUAUUUUAUAUUCAAACUACAUCAAGAGAUCAGAGGUCAACCAAAAACAUUCAGUUCCAUUCAAAACUGAGCUUUCAAUGCACCAUAUUUCCAGCAAUUAUAUUCACAUUUCGAUCAGCAGUUAUAUUCACAUGCAUCAUAUGUCAUCCUAAACUGUCUGCAUUUAUUUCACUUUACUAUAAAGAAACUCAUUGAUCAGUGAAAGAUGGCCACUGAAAAGGUAAACUGAAAGGUAAACUAUGGAUACAGUUUGAGCCUAGUGUUUCCAUAGUGAAAAACAGCAUAAUAGACAUAUCAAAACAGACAAAAACAGUAAUGCAACCGAACUCUUGCAUGGUUGUGGAGCUGCAUACAGUGUCCAAGACUUCUAUGCAUAUUUACAUAUCCUGUCUUCUGGAAAUAAGUGGCAAUGAUGGUGACCAUUUCUUGAUCAUGUAAAGCUUUGUGACUUUUAAGAAUCAAUCAAAUUAGUUUAUCUCUGCUAUCAUUUAAUUAUAAUUUGACAAUGAAUGAACUUAGCUGAAUGAAGUAGGAAUUCAGUAGCAAUUUAUAAAGUCACACACAGCACAGUCCAAAACAACAAGUAACAACAAGUUUAACAACAAGAAGUUUAAUGAAGGUUCUGAUAAAAGUAGCAAUCAACAAAUUUUGAUUAAAAAAACUUCUCAUAACAAUUUACAAUAGUUUUAUUAACUAAAUAUUCCUUGACUGGUUUCAUUGUGUUUCUGUUAAAGCUUCAGUAAAAUUUAAAAGCAGUAUAUAUGUUCUUUAAAUGGCAGAAUUACAAAUACUAAGUUUUGGAUUUGAAAUCCCGAAAUGUUUGAGCAGAAAGAAAAGUUUCUGGAAUACAGUAUUCUCAAAUAUGAUGUGAUUAACAAAGAAAAGAUUUUCAGCACAUUAAGGAGAUGUCCACAAAAAGGUCUGUCACACUUCUACAGGAGUUUCCUAUACCUAAUAACUUUUCCUAGCAUUUUAAGUUGUAGCCUUCAUUUACAUAAUCGUACAAAAAUCACAGCGAGUUGUAGAGAGUCGCAGCGCAUGCCCGUUACCCUCAGUUGGGUAGCGUGACACCCCCAGCGACAAGGUCAUAGCGCUCUUAAUAGCCUCUACAACUCUCUGCAACUCUCUAUGAUAAAAUCAAACAGUCAUAGGAGUGGGCACUUGCGCCUGCAACAGUUAACAGCCAAUGAACGCUCAACCAGAAGUACAAUGCAUACAAUGCAGCUGCAAAGAAGGAAAGCAAGUGUUUUGCAAAUUGAGGAGAGGCUUGUCGAACUUUGGAGCCAGCACAGAUGUAUGUUCUAUGUUUUUUUAAAUAUUUUUAUUGAAUGUAUAAAGAAUUUACAAAUACAAAUACAAUUAGAGGAACAGAAACAGAUACAAGAGAAAUAAACUCAAACAGAAAAAAACAAUUAAAUGCCAGAGAUAAUGAAGUAAAUUAUAUGACCAAAUUAUAUAUUUUUACAUAUACAGUAUCAAAUGUUAUCUUGCUUUUGCACUUUUCACAUUUUUUAUAGAAUUAAAAUAGUUUCAACUCCAUCUUAAAAGUACUAAAAAAGGGAGUAUUAUUGGACCAUUUUAAUUUAUGAAUGUGAACGUUACCCACAAUGACUAAUUUACUAUAAAUAAAUGCUUUCCCCCCCAUAUUUUCUCUUGGUACAACAAACUAUCAAAAUCCUUAAAUUUAAAAAAAACACCUUUAAAUGCCUACAAAUAAAACUCUGCAAGUCCUUCCAAAACAACUUAUAUACACCUUACAAAUAAAUGUACAAAAGAAUCCCUUUCAGCCUGACAAAAUACACACAAAUCAUCCUGCUCAUCCUUAAUUUUAGAGAGUACUAUUUUAACUGGAUAAAACUUAUGAACAAUUUUAAACAACAUCUCUUUAACCUUAUUUGUAAUACAAUAUCUAUCAGGAGUUGUCAAAACUAAUUUCCAAAUAAUAUUUUCAAACACCGCAUUCCAAAAAGAUAAACAAGGAGGGAUAAAAUGGGGUUUACAGAGAUUCUUUAUAUGCAUGUUAUUACCUUUCCUAUACUUUUCCACCCCAUCCAAGAAUAAAUCAAUUAUAAAACCAGAAAAGAAAUCAGUCCUCCUGUUUCACAUAAAAAAUCAGCACUCAUUGUUUUACAAAACAAAAAAAAAUUCACUUUUCUUUUUACAACACUUUGAAAACCUCUGGCAUUAAUGGAAAAAAUAAAAGACAUACAUACAAUCAAAUUACUAUAAGAUUAUCUAAAUUAUUGAGCUUUUCAAGAACCAGGACUACAAUAUUCCAAACCAACACUAAAUAAACACUCGUUGUAUGUUGCUAUAAUAAAUAUAAUAAAAAAUAACAAUGAUUAACUGAGCAGUCACUGGGAGCAAAUCUCCUUACCGUUUACAAAAGCCCUCACUCAUACAAAGUAGGCUCUCCUCCCCUCUCUUCUGGCAGCUUCAACCUAGGGCCACAGCUGGAUCCUGGUGCUCCUGUCCCCAGCAGACAUGUCCUCUGCAAAUCUCAGUUUAUUUGAAUACAGAUAUUCAUUCCCUCUCGCCACUUUCCAUAGCAUGUCCCUCGCCAUGCUCGCUCUAGGGCGCACUUGCCCAGACAUGUUGGCUCUCCCGAGCCGGUGAACAGUAUCGAUGGCUGAUACCAAGUCCUCCUGAUCUGGCAGGAUUCUUUUACAGAUACUCUUCACAGUAGCAACAAUGUCCUCAUCUCUUUCCUCCUUAAAUCUAAAUAAUUUUAAAUUCCACCGUCGACGGUAUCUUUCUGCAUCGUUCACUUUCAAUUCAAGUUCUUUAAUCUGCUUUUGUUGUUCAGUAUUUACUUGUUUAAGAACUUUUACUUCAUUGUUUAAGUCCUCAACCUCUUUAAACACAAGUCCAUGGACUUUUUAAGACCUUCAAUUCCUACUCUAUAAAAUCUAAUCAUUUCCUUCAGCUCAGCCAAGCUCUUUGACAUAAUGUUAAAGAUGUUGGUUUGGAGCUCCUCCAGUGUCAGCUCGCUCCUCCCUCUCUUGGCCACCGGGGUUUUCCGUGGGUGUCCCGGGCAGGCGCAAUACGAGAUUUGGAACCAUGAUGGAAAGUUGUGAGGGAAUCAUGUAAUUAUUCACCCUCUGCAAUUCCUAGUAUAAUCCGUAUAAUUUGACACCCUGUAGGACAGAAAAGGCAGCAAGAUUCAGCAAUGGCAGUCAUUAAAUUUGACAUGCUCUCCAACUAGAAGUCGUGUCGAGUCCUGUACUGUGACAAAGGCUUAAUUGAGUGCCAGAGUGGAACCUCUGUAAAAACCCUCCUUCACUCAGAAACCCAAACAGUGUGAAUAGUACUUUUAGUCUGUAGUGCUCCAGAAAGGCACAUGUAGUGUUAUUUAUGAUGUUAUUAUGUUAUUUAUAAAUUAUUAAGUACUCCCACUUUUCAAAGGUGGCAUUGGACAUUAGGACAUAAAUGGAAACUGACACAAUAACAACAAAAAAGUAUUUUGAGUGAUAUUAAUACCUUUUAUAAACACAUCUUGAUUUGUAGAAAUAAAAGUAAAUAUUUACUUUUUUAAUUGCCUUUAAAUUAAGAAAAAAUGAGAAAUACUAAUUAUGGAUGGACAGGUUUAGCAGCUUAUAAGGUAUGAAAAGGAAGAAAAACCAAUCAGGGUGAAAUAAUACUCUUGAGCUUUAACAUCAACUUUGCUAAAUUGGUUAUAUUUUUUUUUGUUUGGACAUUGCUGAAUAUUUCUAUAUUCUGUGCUGCCAUCUGAAAUGAAGCUCACAUUGGAUUCACAAGUGUAUUCUGCAUAUUUUUUUCCAGUUGUGUAACAUUUCUUGGACCCUUGCUCUACCUUUCUGAAACUGUAAGAAAGUACCAUGUGCUCCUGCAGUCUCAUGUGAACUCUGGCAUUAACCAGCAGGUGGCAGCUGAAGACCUUUACUAGAUUGUUGCUGAAAUCCAUUUUAACUUGCAAGAUGUGCUUAUUGCUUGUAAUAUUAAUUUUAAAACCUUUCUUGCUUGUGGUAUCUCUUUAAAAAAUAAAAUCCAGUCCACUUUU